AUGACAACCUACCUCACUCAAUCUCCCCUACAAGCCAUAACCCGUGCAGCAUCCAGAAUCAGCCCAGCACGCCUGGUAUCCCGCCAAGCCCAUCUAUACCAAACCCAAACACAACCACUCCGCUCGUUCUCCUCUUCAACCAGCAAACUGGCCCCAACCCCAGCAGCAAACAUGUCUAGCGCUUUAAUCAAUCUCGCUAAGAAUAGGCGCACGAUCUACAAGCUCGGCAAGGAAAGUCCAGUCCCAGACUCCAAGAUCGAAGAGCUUGUCAAUGCCGCCAUCCUACAUGUUCCCAGUUCAUUCAAUACCCAGUCUACGCGGCUAGUCGUGCUCCUGCACAGUCAGCACGACAGAUUGUGGGAUAUCGCCAUUGAGGCUUUCGAGGGUCUUGUUAAGGCGGGUAAGCUUUCGCAGGAGAUUUGGGAGAAACAGACAUUGCCUAAAUUGCUCGGUUUUAAGGGGGCGUAUGGGACGAUCCUUUUCUAUGAAGACCCAGCCCACAUCAAACCCAUGCAGGAGAAAUUUGCUACAUACAAGGAUAAUUUCCUGCCAUGGGCGGACCAUUCGAAUGCUAUGCAUCAGUACUUCCUCUGGACGGGCCUUGAAGCGCUUGGCUUUGGAGCGAACUUGCAGCACUAUAGCCCGCUCAUUGACGCUGGUGUUGCAAAGCAAUGGGAUCUGCCCAGUGAUUGGCGGAAUGUUGCCCAGUUAGUCUUUGGGAGUCCUGAGGCUGCUGCUGGGGAGAAGGCACAGAAGCCUGUUGAGGAGAGGGUUAGGGUCUUUGGGAAGUUGUAG